CCUAUACCAAGAUUGCGUGUGACAUGAGGGAUAUAAGAGGGUGCAUAUAAAAUCGCAGGUAGGAGUACAGUUGGGCGCACUUGACUGUCAGAUUACGUCGUAUCAGGUUAUGCCUCUGAAAGGACGAACUGCUUGCAUCUUGGGACCCUGAAGAUGGGAGAGAUCCUAUGGGUUGGGGUGAUGACCCUGCUGGCGUUCACAGACUCAUUGGUGCCCCCAAGUCACGACAUAUGUGACACAAGUGGUUGUAGGCAUGGAAAUGGUCGGCUUAGAUGUCAGUCAUGUACCAUCGGGUGUCAUGGAUCAAACUGCAGCUCUCCAUGUCAAGGAAGUUGUCACACAGACGGAUGUCACAGACACACUGGGGAAUGCUUCAGAUGUACGCCGGGAUUCUAUGGACGACACUGUGACACACCCUGUCUACGACGAUGUACCAGCAGCAGGGUAGGUGGCGUUGUCUACUGUGACAGACACACAGGUGCUUGCUCUGAAUCUUGUGAUGGAGGAUGGACUGGAUUACACUGUGAUGAACGAUGUCCGUCUAACUGCAAGGGGCCAGUCUGUCACCAGCAUACAGGACAGUGUCUGGCUGGGUGUGAGAGAAGAUGGACAGGGGACUUCUGUAACACAACAUGUGACAACUGUCUGAUGGGAAGAUGCAGCAAUACCGGCUACUGUCUACAUGGAUGUGAAGCAGGCUUCUAUGGACAGAAGUGUGAGGAGAGAUGUGAACAUUGCUGGACCACUGGCUGUGACAGACAGACUGGAGUAUGUGAAAUGUGUGAACCUGGUUACCAUGGCCAUCACUGCAACAAAACGUGUCCUGAGAAGUGCUACAAAGGAGGAGAUGGACACAGGCACUGUAACCGAAGUACUGCAGCCUGUCAGGAAGGAUGUGUGACUGGGUGGCACGGUCUGCGCUGUCACACGCCGUGCAGUACCUCCUGCAAGUCUUCCCUCUGUUACGGCCAUGAUGGAUCGUGUGUGGAGGGCUGCGUACAAGGGUACUAUGGCAAACAUUGUCACCAGAACUGUCAGCGUUGUAGAAACAAUGUGUGUGACCACCAUGGCAGAUGUUCAGCUUGUAUUGAUGGAUGGUUGGGAGAGAGAUGUGACGUUUGUGACCAUGGCCAAUGCAUCAACUGUUCACGAGGGUUUCAUGGCACCAACUGCACUGCUCGUUGUAGUGGGUCGUGUGUGGAUGGUGUGUGUGAGGAAGAUGGUCGCUGUAGUCGUGGGUGUAAGGACGGGGCCUACGGGAGUCAGUGUCAACACAGAUGUAGUGGGGACUGUGUAGCGUGUGGUCAGAAGACAGGGGAUUGUACAAGACAGGGCGAUGAUAACACAGUUAUCAAACGUUUCAUGCUCACAGACACAUGCUCCUUAAUGUAUUCAAACUAUCAACAUAUACUAUCAGUGACGUUUGUACUGAUCUACGCACUCUAGAAUGUGUUAUAUUAUCAAAACAUGCUAUCUAUUCGUCAAGCAAAUGCCAUCUCGUGGUCAUUCAUUAAUUUAUUAUUGUUGAAAUGUAUGUCUCGUGACAUAUCUGGGUAUUCGCAGGAAUGCGUAUCGCGGUGUACUAUGAAGUUUCUUGUUUCACUUGCCACAUUAUGAUCGAGGGGCCAUAUCAAAAACUGACCUGAGCUGAAAUAACAUGAUUGCAUGAUUACUUAAAACAGAUAUUUUUACAUAAUGUGAAGCAAGGUAUUGUUUCAUACGUAUGGUCAAAGCGUGGGAGGGGUCAGUGCAUUUGGUGUAUCUGUCUUCGGGAGUUUUGGGUGUAUGUGACGCUUGGCUUUGGAUGAGUUUGUUUGGAUCAGUUUUUAUGAAAUAAUUCAUGAUUGUUGUUUUUUUGCAUUUGUGGGGGAGGGAGGUAGGGUGGUAGUGUGUGGAUAGUGUUUGUGUAUUUUGCAUCUAGGGUGUUGAUGUAUUGUUUCAAUGUUGGAAGCAGAGUGUGUAUGUGUAGAAUAAGUGUCGUGUUUGUUUUUGUUAAAAUAA